GUUGAUUCGACUGAGGUGCAUAGAAAUUUGACAGCUUCACAGGUGAGCCGAGCGUCCAGGGGCCGCUUCACUUUCCCUUUCUCUUCUCAUCUCCCCCUUUUUCUCCCGGGAACUCUGUUCACUGUGAGCCUGGGGUUGCCACAGUCAAAAAACAACCAUUCGAAGUCUAAUCACUCCGGCAGCAUGAGCAAAAAGAAAAAGGACUGGAAGACUGAAAAAGAAAGACUGCUCCGUCUAGAUCGGGAGGAAAGGCGCAAGGAGUAUCGUCGUCAAGAUUUUAUUCCUCUGGACAAGAUUCCAACCUGGAGAGAAGAUAACAGAUCCAAUGACAAAGAAGAAGAGCAGGAGCUGGCAGGUGGCGGAGGGCUGAGUGAUAAAGUGUCUCUCUACAAGGGAGAUAUAACUGUCCUGGAAGUCGACGCCAUAGUCAAUGCUGCAAACUCCAGUCUUCUGGGAGGAGGAGGAGUGGAUGGCUGCAUACACAAAGCGGCAGGGUCCUGUCUCUAUGAUGAGUGUCACUCACUAAAUGGCUGUGAAACUGGUAAAGCCAAGAUCACCUGCGGCUACGAUCUCCCUGCAAGAUACGUGAUCCACACUGUAGGCCCGGUGGCCAGAGGUCAUGUGAGCCCUAGAGAGACCAAUGACCUUACCUCCUGCUACCAGAACUCUCUCAGGCUCAUGAAGGAGCAUGGCUUGAGCACUGUGGCCUUCCCUUGCAUUUCAACGGGCAUCUAUGGCUUUCCCAACGAGCCCGCAGCUGACAUUGCUCUCAACACAGUAAAGAGCUGGAUUGAAGAAAACCCUGAUAAGAUCACACGGGUCAUUUUCUGUGUCUUCCUCGAGACUGAUUUUACCAUCUACAAGAAGAAUAUGUCUGUUGUAUUCCAAGACAAUGACAUGGAGGUUACAGAGGAGCAGCUGAAGGGGGACAACACACCACCAUCAACAAAAUCCACGAGCAAGGAAGAAUGUGAGGACGGUAACAGAGGUAAAGAGGAAACCGUUGAUGAAGAGUGUGAUGAUGAUGGGGACCUGAAUGAAGAUGUAGAGAUGGCGAGUCAAAACCAAGACGAAAAUCCACCCAAAGAGGAGCCAAAUCAAGAGCAGUGUGACGAUGAACUUGAAAACCAAGACAAAGGUGAAGAUAUGGCCACUGACAACGAGAAAGAAAACACUGAAGAGAAAGGCAUCAACAACAUUAACGAGGAAGACAAAGCGGAGAAAGAGCAAUCUGCUGCGAAAACAGAGGAUGAUGACACAGAGAAGUCCACUGUGGCGAUGGAAGAUGUAUCCGACGUCAACACCGGCACCAGCAAUGAAGGGGAGAUAAAAGAUGAUGUUGAGAGCUCUAAGGAACCUGCUUCCCUUCCAUCUGACAGCAGUCAGGCCAAAGAUCCUGUUGAGAAGAAAGAAUGACCAGCUGAGUGGGAAACAGUCGACCUCCUCUGACAGCCAGCAAACUGUGCAAAGGCCAACACACUGGUGUCAGACUGGCCCAUGUCAGUGUGGGUUCUGACACUGGCCCAGGACAACCAGUUACUCACAAGAUGCUCACAUUCCCAAUUUUACUUAGCCUCCCCCUCUUUGUUAGGAAACGAUUCAUCCCUGAAGUAUGUAUGUACUGUAUGUAUAUGUAUGUAUGUACAAAACCUAAUUAUAGGACUUGAACAUAUCAACCACAAAAGAUGAGCCAUACCUCACUGUGUUAGCAUCAUACGUCAUGUUGUCAGCAGGGUUCAGUGAGAUAAACCAGGUUCUUUCUUUGAUGAAACUCACUGUGAGAGCAUGGUCGAGCUGUGGACGCAGGACGCAGCUCCUACGCGGUGAAACUCCAGGUUGGAUGACACUUUGCAUCGACCAUCCCUCAGUUCUUUACAUCUCAAACAUCGUCGCUAACAUCAUUAUGGCAUUGAACAGUUUAAUAUUGUGCUUAUAUCAGGCGUUCUGAAGUGGGACACACUAACACCUUAGCUUGUCUCCUCACAAACUGCUCCAUCACCAAUAGCUGUAAGGUAACGGGCCACCCCCUGGCCUUUCAUCCGUUAACAUCAAAGAUAACACACGCAGACGAGGAUGAGUCUCCUGACGAAUCGAUUAGUUCCUUUUUCCCUUCUUUUCUUUGCCAUUUCCAGUGCAUGCCAGAGAAUUGCUUUGAAUUUCACCAGUAUAAACAAUAACUACAGUCUUCUUCGCUUCUGCUCGUCUCCUUUCCAGAUUGUCUGUCUUAUUAUGGAAAGAAUCUGCCUUAUUUCAUAUCAAAUGACAAAAAGAAAAAUCCCAUUCACAGACCUUCGCAGGUGGUCCAACUCUAAAAUCUUGGUUGUGUAUUGUUUUCCAAAUUUUUACUUUUGAAAUACUUCAUAUAACGGCUAAAACCUGUUGGUAAUCACUUCUUUUCCUUUCCCGAGUUAUAAAAUUGGAUUUGAUUUCUUUAAUUUUCGGUAUGAUUCAUGAAAUAUUUUCAGUGGUGCCAUACUAAAGAUCAAAUGGAUUACAGUUCUAUGAAAUGAUGCCUUCAUACUUGGAUGUUUGCUUUGCUAAACUAUAACAUAAAUACUAAUAAAGUUUAAAGUGGAAGCCAC